AUGGAUUUUCAUACUCGAAUUCGUCCGCAUCAUCCCCUUAAGUCCGACGUUUUUCCCGGCGCCAAGCACCCAGACAAAGACGCAGCCAUGUCGAGCAUCGAGAAGCUGUCGAUCCGCGGCAUCCGCAGCUUCAGCCCGAACCGCGAGGAGAUCGUGGAGUUCUACCACCCGCUGACGGUGCUGCUGGGCGACAACGGCUGCGGCAAGACGACGGUCAUCGAGUGCCUCAAGCUGGCGUGCACGGGCGGCCUCCCGCCGGGCGCGCGCAGCGGCCAGAGCCUCGUGCACGACCCCAAGAUCGCGGGCACGAACGAGGUCAAGGCCAGCGUGCGCCUGCGCUUCCGCAACCGCGCGGGCAAGGCCAUGGUGGUGCAGCGCUCGUUCCAGGUGCGCCAGACCAAGAAGAACCUGACGUUCAAGGCGCUGGACGGCGUCAUCCGCGUGGUCAACGAGCUGGGCGAGAAGGUGUCGCUCAGCCACAAGUGCGGCGAGCUGGACCAGCACAUCCCGGACAUGCUGGGCGUGUCCAAGGCCAUACUGGAGAGCGUCAUCUUCUGUCACCAGGAGGAGUCCAACUGGCCCCUCAAAGAGGGCGCGGAGCUCAAGAAACGCUUCGACAACAUCUUCGAGUCGGCCAGGUACACGAAGGCCCUUGAAGCUAUUAGGAAGCUGAAGAAAGCCAGGUUGGACAACGCCAAGGACUAUAAGAGAGACCUGGAUGUGUUGACGGUGAACAUGAGGACGGCGGAGGGCAUCAGGGAGAAGAUCGAGCUGGCCCAGGAGAAGCUCAGAGAGGCCACGGAGGAGGGACAGGAGGCCGAGGAGAAGAUUGCACAGGCGGAGGUGACGCUCAAGGAGCUGCAGCAGCUGCAGGAGGAGGUGAGGAAGCUGCACACUCAGCUGCAGAGGCGACAGGAGGACGUUGUGGUUAAGGAGCAGAGCGUGCGCAGCGCGUACGGCAAGAUUGAGAACAUUAUGAACGACUCGGACGAGGAGCUGCAAGGGUUUUUGAAUGACUAUGACGGCAUUAUUGAAGACCACCGCCGAGCGUUCGGCGCGCUGAAAGCGCAGGAGGCGAGGCUGCAGGUAGAGCAGAACAAGUCCAAGGAGGAUUACGUCGCCUUACGAGCGUCCAAGGCCCGAGUGGAGACGAACAUCGCCACGUACCAGAAGAUGGUUGCGGACCUGAUUGAUUUGGCGGCGAAGCUGGGCACGAAGUACCGUUUCCACCUGCAGCCGCUGUCGUCGCAGCAGGACGACAUCUCGGCGUUUGUGGCGGAGUUCAGGAAUGUUGUGAAGGACAAGCAGGAAGAGGUGAACAGUCUGGACGCCAAACAGCGACAGGAAGACGAUAAGUUGACCACAGAGCUGUCGGAGCUGACCUCGCGAGUGAAGCAACUGAGAGACGAAUUGAAUAGCAAAACACGCAGCCUCGAGACGCUCAACCAGGAGAAAAGGGCCCUUACGAGCCGACUAAGAGAGCUCGGUGGCGCCGGUGUUCACUCCCAGCGAGAGGCAGACGAGAUGAGUAGUCAAGUCACCGAGGCGGAGAAGUCGUUGGAGGACUACAAGCAAAAGAACGAUGUGAUGGCUUUGAAGAGCGAGAUCCAAGGCUAUAAUCGCCAGAUCAACGAUAUCAACGACGUGAUCGACGCGUUGGGGCAGCAGAUCGGCCAGCUACGUCUGUACGCGAGCAAAAACUCGGAAAUUGAGUUCAAGCGCAACGAUUACCUCAAGAAGCAUGAAGCCUUUCAGGCCACUCUUAGCGAGAAGGUGGCAGAUUUCGAGGAGAUCCUGGAGGGUGGCGACAAGCCAACAGACCGAGACUCGCUUGCGUCGGCGGUUGGUCGCAUUGACUCCCUCAUUGUUGAGCGCAAGCGCAGUUGUGACACGAAGAGGAUGGAGCUAGCGGCCGCAGAGAAGCGCCUGAUGGAAAACACCACAUCGUCCAAGCUUGCUGAGAAAGAGCUAGACUCGUUGCGGCAGAAGAAAAAUGAGCUGGAGAGACAGCACAUGACUGGGUUGAAGGCACUUCUCGAAAAGGUUAUUCCCGGCGAAGACCUGCGCAAUGCUGAGCUUGGAGUGAAGGAAGCAGAGCAGGCGUACGCGGAUGCCAAGGACAAGGUUGUGCGUCGAAAGAACAUGGUGAUGUUCCUCAACAUUUACAAGAAGAAGGGAAUCAAGGAUCACUGCUGUCCUCUUUGCGAGCGCGACAUGACCCCGGAAGAAGAGCAGGCUUUCGAAGCCAUUCUGAGUGACAAGACGGACGACGGGAAGGUUGCUGACAAGAUCAAGAAAGCAGAGGAGCUGGAAAGGUCGACGCUCGAAACGCUGACGGGGAUUAAGCAGCAGAUGCCGAGCUGGCGUAAGUGGCUGGAGCUGGAGACCACAAUCCCUCAGAAGGUAAAUGAGCUGCAGGAAAUUUAUGCGGCCCAGAAAGCGUUGGAGAAUGGCGUCCUGGACAAGAAAACAGCACUCGAGUUGAUCCAGGAAAAGUUCGAGGAUGCUAAGGUAGCGAAGACCGAGCUUGACAGCUUGCGCAAAACUGCGGACGAGCUCCAUAUGUCCGAUAUGACCAUUACGCGAGAGGAGCGCAUGAAGGCAAGUCAAGGAAUGGGUGGUCGAUCGCUUGCAGAUGUGGAAGCAGAGAAAGAUGCAAAGCAGGCUGAGCUUCAGGAACUGAAUCGUCAGGUUCAGCGCAAGCAGAGAGAGCUGGAUCACACAAACGAAAUACUGCAGCAGUUGCAGAAUGAUCUCCACAACCGAAGGGAAGAGAAACUUAGGAUGGAAACGCAGCGCAAGGAAUAUGACGACGCCAUCAAGGAGCAAAAUAGACUGCGCGACCAAGAGAAAACGUUGAAGGAUGCCUGCUCCAAGUUGAAAAAGUCGGAGCCCGAGCUAGAACAUGAAGUGCGCUCGAAAACCACUGAGCGCGAGACGCACCGCGCUGCGGCGAGAGAGCAGAUGCGGGCCCAGCGUACAGAGCUUCAAGAGCGGCAGGGCGAUUUCCGCGUGUUCAGUGACAAAUGCAAGCAGGUCCAACGUGGAGAGCUGGAGAAGUUGGAGCGCGAAGUUCAAACACUGAGCGACAAUAUUGCGCACACCAAGCAGCGAGAGGAUACAGCAAUUCAAUCCCUGGCUGAUCUGGUACCCCAGAUGAAGAGUGCAGAGAAAAACCUGAGCAAGAAUGAAAUCGUCAAGCGCCACAUUCAGGACAACCUGGACUACCGUGCGCUUCAAAAGGAACUGGAGAAGCUGCGUGCUGAGGUCGAAGAUUUGAAGGCCACUGUUGGGAACUUGCCGGCCCUGGACGAUGUGAACGAUCGAGUCGAGUCGGCCAGUAUGGCGUUGAUUGCUGCAAAGGAGUCUCGUGCUGUAGUGUCCGGAAAGAAGCAGCAGUUGAUGGCGCAGAUUCGCGAGAAUAAGGUCGAGCUCCGCGUGCCGAAUCUGAAGGAUGUGGAAGAGAAGUACCGGCACAAGUUGAUUCAGUUCGAGACAACGCAGAUGGCUGUGGCAGACCUGGACCGCUAUUUCAAGGCGCUGGACGAGUCCCUGUUGCAGUAUCACUCCAGGAAGGUGGAGGAGAUCAACACGAUUAUUCGCUCGCUUUGGCAGAUCACGUACAAGGGACAAGAUAUUGACACGAUUGAGCUGGUCAGUGGUCAUGAGCAGGGUGUGACUGCGAAGGCCGCGCGCUCGUACGACUACCGCGUCGUUAUGAAAAAGGCUGGUGCAGCCAUUGAUAUGCGUGGCCGCUGCAGUGCCGGACAAAAGGUGUUGGCAGCGUUGGUUAUCCGCUUGGCUCUAGCCGAAACGUUUUGCUUGAACUGUGGCAUCUUGGCGCUGGACGAGCCCACAACGAAUCUCGACACCGAAAACAAGUUUGGUCUUGCACAGGCGAUCACAGACAUCUUGAACGCGCGCUCGCAGCAACAAAACUUCCAGCUUGUCUGCAUCACGCACGACGAGGAAUUCGUGCAGAUGCUCAGUCGCACGCAGACCAUGGACGGCACUCGUCCAGAAUACUACUGGCGCAUUUCGAGAGAGGACAUUGGCGGCAACCGCUUCGUGAGCAAGAUUGAGCGUCGGGAGUGGGAAGACGGCAUCUAA